ACCCAAGGUCAGUGCUUGGCAGCACAGCGAAUUAAAAAAAGUGAACACAGAUUGUAGCACUUUGUCGGAUCGGAUAUAUAGGAGAAAGGAGAAUAUGACACGGAUUGCAUGACAUAUGAACAAAGCUAUUAUUAACAGGACAAUGUACAUGGUUACUAGCAAGCAAGUGUGUUAGUUGUAUGUGUUUAAUCAAUUCUAUUGUUAUCUCAACCCUUCGAGCCCCACGUUGGGCGCCAAAAAGGACUGUGGUGGUUUUACCGUGCUGGGCAGCUAAACCCCACAACCGCUCUCUCACUCCCCUCCUUUAGAUGAGGACUGUAUGGGCUGCUGCCGGGAAAGGGGCAUAGGCGUGCUACAUCCUUGGCCUGCCCUAUUAUUAUCGACCCUGUGCAAGGCACUGGGUUGUGGCAGCCACAUGACUGCAAGCUUUUACAACAAGCUCGAAAAAUGGGUUUGGACUAUGGAUUACAAUCCCAGGCGGCUCAACAGAUAAUACAAUGGAUUUUUCAAGCAAAACCAAUGUGUCCACUUGACUGUCGAAACUUGGCGCGCUUAAUGUUAACUCCUUCCCCAUUGUUAUUGUUUGAAAGGGAAUGGUUGCAGUUACCACAGGGGGAAGCGGGUCAACCGCAUCAACCGGGGAACCCUCUGUAUGGCAUUACUGCAGAGAUGUUAAAGGGGACAGGUCCUUAUCUCAAUACCCAGAUUUAGUUGCAGUUCCCUGCGAUUAUUCACCAAACAGCUGUGCAGCUCGCACUGAGGGCUCUUCUUAGUCUCCCGGGGGAAAAGAAAGCACCUCCAUUCGCAUCUGUAGAACAGGCCCCUGGGGAACCACAUGCUAAAUUUAUCAAUCAGUCCAGGCAACCAGAUGUGGUGGCACAGGAUUGUCAGAGAUUUGCUUUUACGGUACCCUCCAUUAACAAAAAGGCCCUGGCAAAGCGCGAUGAAUGGCUAGUGCUUCUACAGGGGAUGAGGAAUUCCCCUACAUUAUGUCAAUUAUAUGUGGCCUGGGCAUUACAACCAAUUCGGACAGCGUGGUGUGACGUAAUUAUUUACCAUUGUAUGGAUAACAUUCGGUUUGGUGGGCCAGAAUGCUUCCAGGAUUCAGAUUUAAAGUUUAUUCAGGAUACUUUUGAAGCAACAGGGUUGAAGAUAGCCCCAGAGAAGGUUCAACAGAAACAGCCAUGGCUAUACUUGGGAUGGAAAAUGUCAGACUCUACUAUUCGUCCCCAGAAAGGUGAUCUAACUAUGGUGUUACAUAAUUUGAUAAAUGUACAAAUGUUCCUGGAUAAUAUUCAGUGGGGUUGCCACAUUGUACGGAUUACUAAUGACAACUUAGCUAUAUUACUACCUUUAUUGCGGUGCAGGAGUGCAGAGCCACAGAUUACACUAACAAAUGACCACUGGCAGGCUCUUUCACAAAUAGCUUCUAAGGUUGCAGCCGUAUAGCAGACAUUGCACUCUCCUUCCUAAUUAGCGAUCAUGUGUCUCAUCCAUUUGCGGUGCUUGGUCAGUGGCAAAAAGAAAAGGGGGAGAGUAAGGGGCGACAAAGACAGAAACAGUAUCAGGAGGAUGCCACUGACACUAACAGCACGGGUAAUAGGAGUAGUAUAAGUGACACAGGUGAUGGCAAGGGUGGAAUGAUAGGGCAGCAUUUUCGAGUUCUGGAAUGGAUUUUCCUACAGAUUCAGCCAAAAACGAGUGUUCCAUAUUCUCCCACGGGCCAAGUGAUGGUUGAACGAUCACAUCAGGUUUUAAAGGAACAAUUAGUGAGGUUAAAAGAGAUCAAGAACAUCGAUGAGCGAUUGUCCGAGGCGGUGUUUGUCUUGAAUCACUUAUGUUUGACUAGUGACCGAGAAGACCCUCCUGCGAGUAUUCACUUUCAAACAAUAAAUAUAGAAGCACCAAAUGUGUUCCCUCAAAUAAGAAUGAAUUACCGAGAUCCUGCCACAGGAACUUGGAAAGGGCCAUACGGGUACAGAAAUACAAGUAACACCUGUGGUUACAAUGACACUGCUAGGCAGGGUUUAGGGGCUUAUGGUGCGGAGACAAGAGGUAACAACUACAGCAUUUGGAACAAUCUUACAGCUAUGGCCUUACCUCCUGAUGUUUUUCUGAUUUGCGGGGAUAGGGCCUGGCAAGGUAUCCCUGCAAAUGCUAUCGGAGGUCCAUGUUACUUAGGUAAACUUACUAUAUUUGCUCCUAGCUUUUCACAGUUGUGGGAGAUCACCAGACAUACAUGGGCAUUGCUCGCACCGGAUUGCAAUGAUAAUGUUGAAUUGCUUGGUGUUGCAGCUAGAGCAGCAUUGGCAAUUUUAGUGCCAGGAGCAGCAGCUGCGGCCACACUUAAUAACUUAGAAAAAUUGGUAUACUGGACCGAGAAGCAAGCCCAUGCCACGACAGAGAUACUUGAGGAGAUGUUACCAGAUCAAAAUAGUCUGCGCCAUGCGCUCUUACAGGAUCGAGCUGCUAUUGACUUCUUGCUCCUGGCUCAAGGGCAUGGGUGUGAGGACUUUGAGGGAAUGUGCUGCAUGAACCUUUCUGAUCAUAAUGAGUAAAUUCACAAAUCCAUUACUUUCUUGAAAGAGCGCA